CCGGUGAUCUGAUUCAACUACUUCCAAAAAGAGAAUGAAAUGAAUACAUGCUAAAGCCUAAAAAAUGGUAGCUGUGCACACAAGCCAUUGAAUGUCGAAAUAUUUUCUCUCGUCAUAGAAACAGGAGUGUGGGCUGAUAUUUCGAAAGCCCCUGGAGUCUCUCCUUUCCGUUCCCAACGUUGCCAAAUGCUGCACCAAGAUGGCGGUUGAAAUGAGCUCCAGGCACCCUCCUCUGCCAGUACAGAUAGCACGGACUCAGGGUUUGGUUUCUCCCUGCGACGAGCGCGCCAGUUCAGUCUUGGUCAGCAAGCUGCCGAAGGUAGUCGAAAGUGAGUUUUCGCGCGCUUGUGUGUAGUGUGUAUGUGCAUCGUGGGGGCUACGUCACGCAGCUGGACCAUAUCCAACUUGAAUAUAUCAAAUGAUUGCAUAUACAUAGUUUUUCUUUGAUUCAUGAAACUCUUUGGACAUGAAUUGGUGGAUUGCGGAUCGAAUUGUUGAAGAAUCAUGAUAAGUCGUUAGAUCGACCGGACCGAAAAGUGCAGACUGUGCGAACCACGUUGUUGCCGCCAUCGCCGCCAGUGUGUCGCUCGUCGAGUUUGGAUAUAUAUCUUUGUUUGCGCUGAACUUCGGUUUAUAGGAUAACAUAUUACUAAUUGAGUUGAGGCCAAUCUUCAAGAAAACAACUCUUAAAGCAAUACAAGGUUGAAUGGAGUCUUCCCACGUCGGAGGGUCGUCUGCGACCAACAAUAACAGCAAUGCCCGGUCGUCUCCUCUCGGGCUUCGAACUCUGACUGAUUUGAUUCCAGCAGCUGGUAGGCUGAGUCCCGUCCCAUUCUAUCGCGUUGCCAAUUCAAGAUCUCAGCAAGAAACCAAGGCGAGUACGAGUCCCAGUAGAAAAAGAGCUCGACUGGCCUCGGGAGGUGGAGGGGCGGUCGUGAUGGGUAGCGGCGGUGGAGGGGGUGAGUCUCGCACUACGCCGUCCCCGCCACUCUUAUCGGCGCCUCAGCCCGUUGUUGCACCAUCGCCCCAUCCCAGGGAGCGUGAGAAUCACAAUCCGCACGUUGGAGGUCCUGGCGUUCCUGGAGAUCGCGAACGACGGAGGCAUUCAUCUAGAAGUUCUGCCCGUUGCGUCCCCAGUCCGCAUUUGAGACGGUGCCGGUACCGUGAUGGCAACGGUGGAACUAGCGCUUCUAGCGGCGGUCAGAGACCAGGAGCUGGCCCGUCUCAACACCAUCACCAACAGCAACAACCACAACAACUCUCGCCCGGCAACAGCGGCUCCAACAACGUAUCGGGUGGCAGCAAUAACAACGGAGGCAGCGGCGGUAACGGCCAGCAGCUCGCAGCCCAAUCGGUGGCGGUGGCAGCAGCGGCAGCGGCGGCCGCAGCCGCCCUUCAUUCGGCUUCCUCCCAUCACAACAACCCGGGAAUGGUGCUCGACUUGAGCCAGGUUCCUGUUUCGAUUCCGGUCAACUUACCACCUCAGUUGAAUUCAUUGUAUUCGGCGGCAGCAGCGGCCGCAGCGGCAGCGGCUGUGGCGGCCCACGGACCCGGUAACCACGGCAAUCACGGUCCGCUGCCUCCUCAUUGCACGAGCGCCAGUAGUGGAGGUGGUAGUAGCGGCAACGGUGGUGGUGGCGGCGGCGGAGGAGGAGGAGGCCCGCAUCAUCACAUGUCCCAGAAUCCCAAUUGCCAUCAGCAAGUCCAUCAUCAAGCUCUGUACGGUUGCACUGGCGGCCACCAGCACCACCUGCCGGCCUCUACGCAACUCCACCAGCUGGCCUCAUGCUUGCCUCCUCCUCCGCCUCCGCCUGCUCCGCACCAGCAUCAUCAACACCACCCGCACCAUCACCCCUACACACCGAUUUACCAUCACCACCAUCACCAUCCGCACCACCACCAUCACCACCACCAUCAGCUGGCUGGCCAUCCUUUGGCCGGUCCGUCACAGGGCCAUCAGCCUUUACAAGUUACCUCGCUCGGCGUAGGUAUCGGUGUUGGCGUCGGGGUGGGAGUCGGCGUCGGUAUGGUCCAACCAGCUCACAACCAACCGCCCUUUGCUCACGUUCCCCCGCCAACUUUGCUCCAGCAGCGGACAGCAGAAUCGGACUAUCGACGAGCUGCCGCAGCCGCCAUCGCUGCAGCCGUCGGUCCAUCCCCCUACCCUCAACCUGGAUCCUAUAAUGCCAUGCCUCACAAUCCUGCAGCUUCCUCUUCAACUUCCUCUUCUUCAACCUCCUACGGCCAUGUACGCCAACAGCAACAACAGCAGCACCAGCACCAGCACCAACAGCUUUCCCUCCAUCAUCAACAAUCUCUAUCGUCUUUGGCCUCCAGCGGAGGAGGACGAUUGUCGCUCAACAAUCAAGGGGGGUACACCAUUACCGGCCAUUCGAAUCCAGCUGCCAAUCAGAACCAUCCGGGUCUUAAUCAAUUGCAAGGCCAUCCGUUCUUUGUCCACGAUAGUCUCCUCCAUCAUCAUCACCAUCACCACCACCAUCAGCAGCAGCAACAGCAACAACAACGUUUACGAAGGAGUCGCCAAAACAACAACAACAACAAUAACAAUAAUAAUAACAAUGGAAUGAUGGCUGCUGGAAGCAGUAAUUCCGGCUCGGCUGCAGGUUCGUCCUCAUUAGGAGCUUCGUCUUCAUCCAGCGCAUCCAUCGCGGCAGUAGCUGCCAAUGCCGCCACGGUGGCAUCCAUGUCGGCUGCCGCCGCAGCUGCAGCUGCUAGAAGAGUAUGGCGAUCAGGGCCGACAACCGUCCCACCUCCGUAUCCUGGAUUCCUCCUCUCGUUCUUGGCAAUGCUGUCUAAUCCGCCGUUGAAUUAUGGACCGGAUUUGGGGGCAGCGUCUGCUGAUCCUGUCGAAACCGAAAACUACGAAGCUCUUCUAAAUCUGGCCGAACGGUUGGGUGAAGCCAAACCCCGAGGGUUGGCCCGCACGCAGAUCGAUCAACUACCGUCGUAUCGAUUUUCCGGCGAGAUCGAAGAAGGUGGCCAGAGCACUUGCGUCAUUUGCAUGUGCGAAUUCGAAACUCGUCAGACGCUUCGCGUUUUGCCGUGCAGCCACGAAUAUCACGCCAAAUGCAUCGACAAAUGGCUUAAGUCGAAUCGUACCUGCCCCAUUUGUCGUGGCGAUGCAUCGGAGUUCUUUCACAGCCUGGAAUAGAACGUAAAAGCAGCGUGUCUUCGAAUAGGAUGCUUCUAAUGUUUUUCCUUUUAUCAGCCUGAACGCCAUUCACCUCUACCUUCUGCUCUGUGUACCACACAAUCUUCACCACACACACACACACACACUUGGCUUUAGUGUUUCUGAAAGCAAAGCAAAACUUCCAUAGUUUCCUCUUUUUAUUUUAUCCUUUGAAAAUUGAUAUUUUUCGUCUCUUGUAAUCGCACGGAAUACUUCCCAUAUAUA